UUAUAAUCUAGAUCUCACUUUUUCAUCAGUCCGUUCUAGCGGAGGGAAGAAAGCCUAAUUCCCAAAUCUCCAUAAUCGGCAUGUCGCUGCUGCUCCGACGCAAUCUGCUUCCCUCUUUGCUCUCUUCAGCGCAGGGGUUUUCUCAUUCCAUGCGUUUCAGACAUCUUCAUAGAACAAUAACUGAUGGGCAGCGUCAAAAUACUAGCCAACUCUUCGAACCACCCGCCAAUAAGCCGCCGGCGAGGCCUAGCAGCAGCGAUUUUACACACUCUGACAUGGUGAAAUGCACAAUAGCUAUCAGACACCACAUGCGCAAGGGCCAAUGCGACACCGCGUUGCUUUUAUUCAACUCCAUGCCUCGCAGAAGUGAGGUCACCUACGGCACUAUGAUAUCUGGCUACUUUUCCAAUGGCGAAUCUAAUAUGGCUCAGCAGCUGUUCGAUGAAAUGCCUGUAAAAAAUUUGGUCUCUCAAUGUAUAAUGAUGAAGUGGAAUAUUAAGUACAACAAUCUCAAAGCUGCACGGCUGCUGUUCGAUGAAUUGCCUGUGAAGGAUGUCGUCGCGUGGACCACAAUUUUGACUGGGUACAUACAGAAUGGGUUAAUGGACGAGGGCAAGAGAAUUUUUGAUAAAAUGCCUGACAAGGAUGUUUUUUCGUGGAACACUAUUUUGUCCGGGUAUAUUCAGAAUGGGUUAUUGGACGAGGCUAUGAGAGUUUUUGAUGAAAUGCCUGUCAAGAAUGCUGUUUCGUGGAACACAAUUUUGUCCGGGUACAUGCAGAAUGGGUUAUUGGACAAGGCCAAGAGUGUUUUUGAUGAAAUGCCUGUGAAGAAUGUUGUAUCUUGGACCACAAUUAUUAUUGGUUAUGCAAGACAUGGCUUUGGCGAAGAAGCUCUCCAACAUUUCGAAUCAAUGAAACAAGCGUCUAUCCAACCUGACGAACUUACAAUGGUUGGUGUUCUAACUGCUUGUAGUCACUCGGGCUUGAUAGACAAGGGAAAACAUUACUUCUAUUCCAUGAGCCAAGAUCACGGCAUAGUGCCAAAUAUAUGUCACUAUAGCUGCCUGAUUGGUCUUCUAGGCCGAGCUGGGCGCCUCGACGAAGCUCAAAACCUAAUGAAAAGCAUGCCUUUUGAGCCUAAUGCAGUAACAUGGAGCACUCUACUUAGUGCUUGCAGGGUUCAUGGAAAUACAAAAUUGGGAGAAAAGGCAGCAGAGAUGUUGUUUGAUUUGGAACCAUGGAACUGUGUGCCGUAUGUUACUCUUUCCAACUUAUAUGCUGCUUCGGGCAGAUGGGAAGAUGUUAAAAAGACGCGAUUAAAAAUGAAGGAUCAGGGUAUUAGCAACAGAAGAGGAUACAGCUGGGUUGAGGUGCGAAACAAGAUUCAUAAGUUUUCUGUUGGAGACUUCACUCAUCCUGAUAGUGAAAGUAUCCGCGCUUUCUUGGAAGAGUUGUAUUUGAGGAUGAAAGAGGAGGGAUAUGUCUCCUCCACAAAAUCGGCUCUGCAUGAUGUGGAUGAAGAAGAAAAGCAGCAUACACUCAAGUUUCAUAGCGAAAGGUUAGCUGUUGCUUAUGGAAUUAUGAAGAUACCAAGUGGGAGACCUGUUCGCAUAUUCAAGAACUUGCGCGUCUGUGAGGACUGCCACAUGGCGAUCAAACACAUAGCGAAGAUCGCGGGCAGAUUGAUCAUCUUACGUGAUACUAAUCGUUUUCACUACUUUGAGGGAGGUGUAUGUAAUUGUGGAGACUAUUGGUGAAUUCUGAUAUAAAGCAAGUUAAAAAAAACACGAUGAGGAGUAUCAGCAACGACACGAUGUGUGGUGAUGCUGCAUUGAACAGAAGCUUGAAGAGGAGAAGAGCGAUCCCACAGAGAGGGCAGAUCAAGAUCAAGAUACUUCAAUCACUGGUGUCUAUGGUUUCACCUCAGUCUAUGAAUUCUCCUACGAAGAAAUCUCACUAUUAGCUAAAUUAACUACCUCUUUUUGUGUCAUUUCCUCUCCUCAUUGUCUUUGUCUUCUCUCAUUUAAAUAAUACAAAGUAAUUAGAUGGGGUACUAAUUACUAAUUUACUAUA